UUCUUUGCGACUCUGUUCAAUAAUUAUUCUCAAAUUUGCUUGUUUGUUUGAGUUCUUCUAAUACACGAACUAAUUUUUCGAUCUUAAGUGCGGGUUUUCUAACCUAACUUUCAUGAAAAUCAGCAGAUGCUUACACGUUUGAAAAUACACAACGAAUGAUCUGAUUAACUCGUUCAUUCCUCAUCCGCUCACAUCACAUGCUACCGAACACAAUAAUGGAGGGAAUAGAGUUUUACACAAAAAAGUACAUCGAAUCGCCGGUCAUCUUCACCACUGAUAGAGACUCCGGAGACGUGGCUAAUAACUGUUGUGCUUUGCUAUGACGAAACAGAGGAAUUUUGCCGGCGCAUCCUGGCGAUACAAACUUGGACAUCGUACUUGCUGACGCAACGUUAACGGACAACAACCAACGCCGCCAUACUUUCAUGUCAAAUGGAAACUGCGAGGGAAUCACCAUAAGUAAUCUCGUUGACGGUGAAAUAUUGACGUACAGUCUCGCUCUGAUACGCGGUCGUGCACCGUCGCUUUGUUCCUACGUGAGCUUGCGAGGCUUGAAGAAUGUGUCGUCACAAUGGCCGGUGGUGGGUGGAGAGUUUCGGAUACUGGUGGACUUGAGUCGCGGAUCAAACAGGCUCGAAAUCGAGGCUGGAAGUCACAGGAAGAAAAUAACUUUGGUCCACGAGCCGCGGACGACGAGGCUGCGAGUAACGCCGGUGUACGUAAUAUGCUCGGGACACGAGGGAUACUUUCAAGGUCCGAGAAACGAAGAUCGAUCACCGGAGAGUGCGGCAACGCGAAUAGGUCUUGGAGCGCGAUUGCUGCAGACGUUGACUGCAGAGAAGUUACGAGAAGCUGGUCAUGGAAGGAAAACUUUUCAGCUAGAAAGAGAUCUCGAUGGUCCCGAGUGUCUCGUAAUGCACAGUAUGUUGGAUGUUGACCAAGCACGAAGCAUGACGCAGCGACAGCUUUGGGAAUUCAUUGGCCGAGAAUUGAUGACGGGGCCGUUGGCAUCGAGGGACCGGAAGUACAUGGCGUUUUUGUCAUGUACGAGAUACCGAGGGGCUCCAAAUCCACGAACUCACGAGGCAACUCUCGCGAGAACUCAGGGACACGCUGCUCUAGGAGGCGGAGGUCUUGCACUCUUUGGCUCGGCUUGCCUCCACACGUGGCCAACUUGCAUGGCCCAAGUUUUGCCAAAGUUUCUUGACACGACGAUUAUCGAUACGGAACAAUUGAUGGACGACAGCAAUUAUCGGGGCACCCAUGGCGGCUGCUUAGCGACGACCCUCGGUUCGGUCCUCCAUGAACUCGGUCACACCUUCGAUCUUGGCCACACACGGGAAGGCAUUAUGGGCCGUGGCUUCGACUACGUCGACCGUGUCUUCGUCGGCGGGUGCGGAAUUGAUCUCAAUCGCAAUCCUAUACGCAGGGACCCCCAACAUACUACUAUCGCAAUUAGCAGACCCCUCAGCGUCACCGUCACCGUUCAACAACCCGUCAUUCUUAGCCCCAGACGCGGACGAUUGUUCUCUGAAACUUCCAGACCAUCGCCGUCCUCCAGCCCCAGACAACAACCCGGGAGAUUGUCAGCACCAGCGAGCCCUGAACUCAACAGAUCCUUCGCCAAAACUAUCACUGCUCAAGAAAACUCUCCACAACCUGAUCGAACUUUUUGGGGCCCUUCUUGUGCCGCUCUACUCGCUUAUCACCGCUGGUUUAACGGACGACUCGAUAACCUUCACAAUCGAGAACAUCGUGAUAUGAUCCAAUAUGAUGCAAAAAGAAACACUGUGCGUUCUCGAUACGGAGUACGAGUUAUGGAAUUGCGAGAAUCUUCGGGUGGAUUGGUUGUGAGUUCGCGGCAAUUUCCUGGCAAUCGUCCUCCUCAGGAAGCACUGGUGCCAUUGCCCCCGCCCCAGUGUCCCGUUCCUUUGACGAUCGUCGCUGAAGAUACACUUGGGAAUAUUUUGAAGCAUCCGUUACCAACCGCUUUCUGAGAGGAUAAUCAAGAAAAAAUCUCCGAUUUACCGGUCAAUCCAAUUGAUGUCUAUUUUGCUUGAUGAAAAUGCUAGUUCGAUUUGAUUAUCAUCGAUAGACGGAAGUUUUGCUAUCGACGAGCUAGUGCAUUCAUUAGUUACUCGUUUGAGCUCUGAGACUUUUUGCUUCCACUCAGUUAUUCGUUUAUCUUCGUCAAUCGUGAGCAUUAGUUUACCGCGACCGCGACAGACGAUCUUUUCCAGAGGAAACCUAAGAUAUUCAUGUUAAUCCAUAAACACCGCGACAAUGGGAUUGGGCCAGACGCGUAUAGAUUCUCGCGCUAUAAUAAAAUCGGUUGUUUCACCGAGUCAGUACAAAUCUUGAAGCAUACAUACGUAUGUAGCACGCGAUAUAGCCUCGUAUGUUUCAAGAUACAAAAUAAGACUUUUUGUUCUCUGUAUCCCUAAUUCCAUGUCCCGACGAAUAAUCCUGAUGACGCGAUUCCGUUGAAUAUCGUGGAAAACACGAAGCACAAUACUGAAAAGACAAGAUUAAUCACCUAUGCGCCGAGCUGAUAGGUUUUUAUUUGUUUUUCGUAUUUAUCACCUUCGAAAAUUCGAGAAUAAAACGACACUACUCAAUCGUGUGGCGAUGUCCAUAAAUAUAUACAUCAAAUAUACACACGACACUCGCUAGGCUGUACCAAACUUGUAUAUUGUAUUAACCUCUCGUAUAUAUGUACAGUAUUAUUGCAUAAAUUAUUUUAAUAACGUUAGGUUAGCCGAACGACAAAUUACAGGAGACAAUAUAAUGUAACUGUGAGAGCCCUCAAAAGAUUGUGAAUUACUUGAGAGAAAAUAAUACAAUGGCAACUACAAAUCA